UAGUAAGAGUACGGAGUAGUAGUGGCCAUUAGCUGGGAUGAGUAUGAAGUAAUGGCCAUUGGUUGGGAUGAGUACGGAGUAGUGGCCAUCGGUUGGGAUGAGUACAGAGUAGUGGCCAUCGGUUGGGAUGAUGAGCACGGAGUAGUAGUGGCCAUCAUCGGUUGGGAUGAGCACGGAGUAGUGGCCAUCGGCUGGGAUGAGCACGUAGUAGUGGCCAUCGGCUGGGAUGAGUACGGAGUAGUGGCCAUCGGCUGGGAUGAGUACGGAGUAGUGGCCAUCGGUUGGGAUGAGUACGGAGUAGUGGCCAUCGGUUGGGAUGAGUGGGAGUAGUGGUGAUCGGUUGGGAUGAGUGCGGAGUAGUGGCCAUCGGUUGGGAUGAGUGCGGA